ACGAGUCUGCGUGUUAGCAGAGGCGCCAUACGACAUCCUCGUACGCUUCUUCUUCUUCUUGACGAAUUUACUUUAUCGUAGCAUUGCCGGUCGUGACGUUCAUCAAAUUCUUUCCUCAAGAUAAGAAUCAUUUCUUCGAGGAAGAUUGAGAUUCCCAUAGAUUUCUAAAGUAUCGAAAAUGCCGUCGGUACGACGGAUGAUUUUGGGGCACGUCAUGUCUGGACUAUAUACAAAACUUAAUCGUACGAAAAAGUUGCAGGGUGAUUUAUUAGAAACACCGAUGAAGAGAUGUCUCUCUACUUUCGACAUUACUUUGCUCGGUGUCGGGCAUAUGAUUGGUGCCGGAAUCUAUGUUUUGACAGGAACGGUAGCUCAUGAUUUAGCUGGACCAGGUGUAGUUCUUAGUUUUCUUCUAGCCGGUACAGCUUCGUUAUUAGCUGCUUUGUGUUAUGCCGAAUUUGGUGCUAAAGUACCUAAAGCUGGAAGUGCUUACGUUUAUACUUACGUUUCUAUCGGUGAAUUUUGGGCGUUCGUUAUCGGUUGGAAUAUAAUAUUGGAGCAUAUGAUCGGUGCCGCAUCCGUGGCAAGAGCUUGGAGUGGUUACGUCGAUUCCUUGGCAGGAGGAGCAUUCAGCAAUUACACUCGUCGUUUAAUGGGUGGAUAUACAAUGGGAGAACCACUUGGUACUAUGCCGGAUAUUUUGGCAAGCGGUUUAUGUCUUGCUUAUGCGAUGCUCUUAACAUUGGGAGUUAAAUGCUCGGCAGCCGUAAAUUCUCUUUUAACUUUGGUCAAUCUAGCCGUUAUGAUAUUAACGAUCGUCUUGGGAAUUUAUUACGCGGAUAUCACAAAUUGGAGCAGUGAAAACGGUGGAAUUUUUCCAUAUGGUUUCAGUGGUGUACUCGCUGGCGCGGCAACGUGUUUUUAUGCUUUCGUCGGUUUCGACUCAAUCGCAACUUCCGGAGAAGAGGCAAUCAAUCCUGCAAAAAGUAUACCGUUAGCAACUAUUUUUUCGAUGGCCAUUGUCACCGUUGGAUAUGUGAUGGUCGGUGGUGUUCUUACUUUGAUUGUACCUUACUGGAAUAUCAACCCUACUGCAGCACUUCCCGAAGCUUUCGCAUCGAGAGGUAUACCAUGGGCUAAAUAUGUGAUUAGCAUUGGUGCACUUUGCGGAAUGACAACGACUCUUUUCGGUUCGCUCUUUUCCUUACCAAGAACGAUGUACGCCAUGGCAAACGAUGGUCUUCUUUUUGGUUUUCUCGGUCAUAUAAGCGAUCGUACUCAAGUACCAGUUUUGAAUCUGAUGAUUAGCGGACUUUUCAGUGCAUUGAUCGCACUUCUCUUCGAUUUACAACACUUGGUCGAGUUCAUGUCUAUUGGUACUUUCCUUGCGUAUACCAUCGUGUCGGCUAGUGUCAUAGUACUCAGAUAUCGUCCAGAAAAAACUACACCUGCUGCUUCUGCUGCUGGUACACCUAGCAGUCUAGCUUCACCACCUACAGAGGGUGCAGAUUUUAAUAGCGAUUGCAACAGUAUUGCAUCGGCCGAUGCCGAGCUUUUGGAUUGCAACGAGGGCGUUGGAAAAUUGAAACCACGAUACAGUUGGUUAGCCAAUUUCUUAGGCAAUUGCGAGCCUGGAACAGCCGUGGCUAUUGCCGUAACAAUUUAUACGGCAGCUAGUGCUACACUUUGCCCACUUUUAAUACUUUUAUUCCAAUCAUCUUUCAAAUCGGCAUGGAACAAUUACUUUGCUUUGGUUAAUGUGAUCAUUCUAAUAAUCGGUAGUUUAUUAGUGAUUGGUGCACAUCGACAAAAUCCAUCUAAUGGUAGAUUUCGUGUACCGAUGGUACCUUUAAUUCCAGGCUUAAGCAUCCUUUUCAAUGUUGGUUUGAUGUUCCAUUUGUCAUUAUUAACUUGGUUACGAUUUUUCGUCUGGAUGAUAGUAGGAAUGCUCAUUUACUUCUUAUAUGGCAUUCACUAUAGUAAGGAAGCAGUUAGUCCAAAUUCAUAUUCAGUUUUAAUGGCUACAUCGGAAGCAGUAAGAGGUGCUAAAUGGGGUGCGAUGUUACGCGUUAAUCAAAAAGUUGACAAAGUACCUAUUCUUGACGAAAACGAACAUUAAGAUUGUAGUAUUACAGGUAAAAGGUUUCAAAAGUCAUUAAUAGUAAGUAUAAAUUUAGUAAUUACGUGGAUAAAAAAAAGAAAGAGAGAGAGAGAGAAAGUAAAAGAAAAAAAAAUAUUAUGAAUUACUUUAACGAAUUUUCCAAGUCGUUUGUAAAGAAAAAGUUAUUUGAUCGUAGAUGAAAUAAAUUAUCAUUAAUCAUACAAAUGAUUAUUUUUUCAUAGAAAGUUGAAAACUAACGAUCAAAAAGAACUUACAUUUUUAAAUAUAAAGAAAAUUAUAUCGUGCCUUCGUGGCACGAUAAAUUAGAAUAAAGAUUUUCGAUGCAUAUAUAUGAAUAUGACGAAUUUAAUUUUCUCUCGAUAAAAUUAUGAGCUCUCGUAGAAUCGAUUAGUAUUCGUAUACGGUUGUAAAUAACGGUGCUUUAAGCGAUGUAUCGAAAGAAUCUGUGUUUUAAGAUCUCCUCGUACCAAUUCGUGUAGAUCAGCUUUGAUGAGACUUUCAAAUCUGUAAGACUGGUAAUUUUUGCUAAUACUUAUCCUGACGAGCUUGCAGCGAAUCUUUCAAAAUAUAUAUAUAAAAUGUUAUAAAACAUUUAAACGUAUUGUACAAUAAUUUUACAAAAGAUGGGAUUACGAGAAAACAUGUAUAUAUAUAUAUAUGUUACAGUGAUUAGUCUUCUUUAUAUUUAGUCACGCACAAGUUUGUUGAAUGAUACAAAACGUGCUUGUAUUUUAUCAAUGAGUUACUGUUGUAAUUUUAUUUUUAACAAAUUAUAUUACUAAUAUUAUUUGUAUUUAUAUCUAUAUACGUAUAUAUAUAACUGUAAAUCUAUAUACAGAGAAUCCCAGACUAAGUGAAAAAUAUUUUUAUUAGUUAUUAAUUUAUUAAUUGUAAUUAAUUAUAAAUUAUUUUACGAACGAGAAUGGGAGCACGUCAAAAUAAUAAAAAAAAAGUUUAUUUAAACAUAUAUUUUAUUUAAUUUUAUUUUUAAGCUAUAAAAUAAUUUAUAAAACGCCGUAUUAACAGCGUUGAAACUUUUCGCGAAAGAAUUAAACAAAAUUUCUAACAAAUCCGAGUAGUAUCUAGAAAUAUGGGAAAAGUAAAAUAGUAAUUGUGUAAGAUGUCUGCAGGCUUGUAUUCAGACGCAAGAUGAAUUCGAACAUCUCUUAUAAAAGUAAGUAGAAAGAAUUAGUUCAAAAUGAAAUCUGUUGUAACUCGGAAACUAAAUGAAUUUAUUUUCUUUUUUUUUAUAAAUGCAUUCAAAUCACCUCUAAAAUAUUUCCCGUUUAUUCUGGGACACCCUGUGUAUAAGUUAUCGUGAAGUGUUUUAUGAGGAUCAUUAGUAAGACUUUUGUUAAAUUAAAUUUGUUUCCUACAAUACCGAUUAAAAAGGAAAAAUACUAUUUCGAUGAUACGAUAAUGAAUUCAAAUGGCACUGUAAAAGAAAAUGUCAUAUUAUCGAAUUGAUUUUUAUGUUAAAUGCAAACAUCCUUAUAAGAAUUUUUAUUUUAAUAUUUUACAUACGUAAACGUACAGAUGUAUCUAAGCCAAAACUUAAAUGAAACAUUUAAGACAAUGACGCAACAGCGAAAUGAAUAAUAAAUUAUUUUUGAUCGUAUAUAAGUACUUUUACGUUUGCAUCUAAGGGCUGAGAAAUGGUGCCUUGGGAACGAGUAGACUAUUUAUAAAAGUAAGAUUUACGUAUUUUAAAAAAUGACAAUAGAUUUCGUCCGUAAUACGGCGAUUAUUAAGAUUAAGAUUACAAUUGGAUGUAAUCGUGCAAUUCGCUAUUUUCGUGGGCGUUUGGGGAAGGGAGAGGGCUAAACAAAAUGAACGAAUACUCUCCGUCUUGUGGGAUAAUGAAAGUAAUAUUUUUUGUAUAUAUGUCUUUUUGUAAAAAAGAGAAAAAAUCUGUAGAUAUAACGUUACAGUACAAACUUCAAUCAAAACUUAAGUUCGCUUUUUUCUUCCGAUUACAGAAAAAUAAUGAUAAUAAUAAUAAUAAAAAAAAAAAGAAAGUAAAGCACCUCCCCCUUCCUACGUCAAUAAAUAAAAAAAAAUGAUUAUAUUUGUUACUUUUUUGUUAUACGUAAAGUUUGUUCCUUGAGAUAAUCAAUAACAAAUUGUAUUCCGUUGCAAGUUUAUUGUUUUUGUUCACUGAUAUUAUUUAUUUAAUUAUGAUUGAGCCUACUGUGAAAUUUAUUUAAUAAUAAGUUCAUUGAUCGUAUUAUAUAAAUAUAUUAUAUUGUCUACAUGGUUUCUUGCUUUGUAGAUGUAAAACAGAUCAUCUGUUAAUAACGAAUAUAUUGAAUCAACGUUGUACGUGGAAAUGGUUAUAAUUAAAUAUGUACUUACUACCAUCAAAGUGCCAUAGCGUUAUACUUGUACUUUUCGCUUAGAUGGUAGUGUAGCAAAAAGAAACAAACUUAUCGAAAUAGUUAAUCGAUAUUAAAAGUUUAAGAGUUAAUGAGAUGAAGUAUGAGUAUGUAUUUAUAACGACAUGUUAUUAUAGAUUAUUGUAGAAAGUUUACAAAAAUAAUGUAAUCUGAUUACUGUACAAAUCGAUAUAUGCAAUAUGAUGUUACAUGUAAGAUAACUCAAACACGAUAACCCCCCAUUUGCUGCUCUAUGAUAUUAAAAGUCGUCGUACAAUA